GAUCACAAACUCUGCGGUGGAGCGAGCAGAGUCGCCGGCGUCAAUGGAUUUGGGAGAGGAAGGCAGUUGGGCCCCACGUUAUACCAGCCCAGCCCAGCCCAUCAGGCCCUCUAAAAUGGCGGCCCAGAUUCUGUGGAUGACACGCACACGCCCGUCUCUGUUCACCUCUCCGCCGCCGUCGAGCUCUGCGGCUCCCAGCCUCGCCGCCGCGGCCAGGGAGAGUUGGGGAGGCAUGCCAAGGGGCGGUGUUCCGGCUGCAGGCGAGCGGCCUGAGCCGCGCCGUCCAUGGUGGGGCGGAUGGGGAGCGACGCGCACCUCUGGGACGAUCCUGACGACGCCUCCGCCCCGGCCCUCCUCGAUCGUCUCAGUUCACCUUUCCUGGCAGCGCUCGGACUGAUUUAUGGUCAAGAUUUGGCGGCAUGGUCGCCGGAGAGUGGUCGCAGCGUGCGAAAUGGCCAAUGGGAGAGGUGGCUAGAAGAGAUAUUGACCCUGAGGCAGAGCAUCCUCUGUUCCCUCACAUCAGGGGGUGCCGGCUCCGGUGGCUCGGCAUCAUCUCCUCAAAAACUGACAGACGGUGCUUCUUCGAUGGCUGACAGACAGCUAGGCUGAGGCGUUGUCGAGGAAACCUGAUGAACGGUGGCAGGAUAUUGAAAAUUAACCAAUGUGCCAAGCAUAUUGCUAAAUUUGGUCAAGCAGCCUCACUGCAGAUACAAACAAGCUAGAAAGACCUGAGAUUCUUUUCUUGACCCUUGCCUGCUGGUAAAGCUAAAGCUAACGUGUUGUGCUGAGUGCAUUACCACAAUUAAGCAAGGAGAUGAUCCCUUUCCAUCUCGGUGGAGCAUGCAUCGUGUCAUAAAUAACAUAUGGCCAUGCAUGAGCUGGUAACUGCGUCAUUUCUGGCACUUGUCGCUGUUCUCACCUCCUCUAGUUGGCAUACUCUACAACUUGAGAGAGAAAAAGUGUGAAGACGAACAACAUGGCGCAUGUAGCCGGUUUGCUCGCCUCGGCUGUUGUCUCAGCGGUGGGCAAUAAACUAGGUUCUGCCAUUGGGGAUGAGGUCACGAUGCUGUGGAACUUCAAGGACGACCUCAAGGACUUGAAGGACACAUUGCAGUACAUGGAGGCGGCGCUCAAGGAUGCUGAGAGGCGGUCUGUCUCGGAGGAGUUGGUGCGGCUGUGGCUCAACCAGCUCAAGAACGCUGCCUACGACAUCUCUUACAUGCUCGAUGAGUUCCAAGCUAACAGUGAACCAGCCUCCAGAAAGAUGAUUGGGAAGUUGGACUGUUUUGCUAUUGCACCCAAUAUUACCAUGGCUUAUAAGAUGAAGAAGAUGAGAGGUCAACUGAGGAAGAUCAAAGAGGACCACGAGAGUUUCAAAUUCACACAUGAUAACUCCAGCCUAAUUAGUGUGCACCAGUUUCCUGAUCCACGGGAAACAACAUCAUAUGUGAUUGAAUCACUCAUCAUAGGGAGAGAAAAAGACAGGAUGAAUGUUCUUUCUUUGUUAUCCACAAGCAGCAACAAAGAAGAUAUCACAAUUCUUCCUAUCUGCGGGCUUGGAGGCAUAGGAAAGACAACAUUGGCACAACUGGUCUUCAAUGAUGCUCAGUUCAAAGAGUAUGAUCAUCGGGUAUGGGUCUAUGUAUCCCAAGUGUUUGACAUGAAAAAAAUAGGGAACUCCAUAAUUUCUCAAGUAGAAAAGGGAAGCCAGAAUCUAGAUACAAGGCAGUUAAUAAAUCAACAUCUUAAACAUUUACUUCAAGAUAAGAAGACACUAAUUGUUUUAGAUGACCUAUGGGAGACAGAUUCCUCCCAACUGAAUCAACUCAAGCUUAUGUUGAAUGGAAGCUCCAAGAUGAGGGUCUUAGUCACAACACGCAGCAUAGACAUUGCAAGAAAAAUUUGUACUGUUGAACCAUACAUGUUAGAUCUCUUGGACAAUGACAUGUGCUGGAGAAUAAUCAAGCAAAAUAGUGGCUCUGAAUCUAGAGCUGAUAAAGCGCAAGUUGAACCAAUUGGACAGGCGAUUGCAAAGAAAUGUGGAGGUUUGCCAUUAGCAGCUCAAGCACUUGGAUUCUUGCUAUCUGGAAUGAAUCUUAGUGACUGGGAAGCAAUGUGCAAUAGUGAUAUUUGGGAUGAACCAUUUUCUGAUAGUACAGUGUUACCGUCCUUGAAGUUAAGUUACAAUACUCUUACACCAUAUCUGAGGUUAUGCUUUGCCUAUUGUGGUAUCUUCCAUAAAGGUCACAAUAUAAGUAAAGAUGACCUUAUCUAUCAAUGGAUCGCUCUUGGUUUCAUCGAGCCAUCUAAUACCUUUUCAGCCAUACAACUUGGCGAGAAGUAUGUUAGGCAAUUCCUGGGGAUGUCUUUCCUUCAGCAUUCAAAACUGCCCAAGUCAUUUGCAAAAACAAUCUUCACCAUGCACGAUCUGGUGCAUGAUCUUGCAAGAUCGGUCAUUGCUGAAGAGUUGGCUGUCUUUGAUGCUGAAAUAGCGAGCAAUGCUAGAACAAAAGAAUACUGCCGCUAUGCAUCUCUUACAAAUUGCAACAUUUCAGAUUACAUCAAGGCAAGGAAGAUGUCAACUAUUUUCCCACCUAAGUUAAGGGCGAUGCAUUUUUCGGAUUGUGAAUUCCAUGGUGGUGCAUUUUCAUUUCCGAAGUGCUUGCAUGUCUUGGAUCUAUCUGGAUGCUCCAUCAAAGAGUUUCCAAGCGCUCUAGGGCAACUGAAGCAAUUGGAGUUUCUUAUUGCUCCGGAGCUGCAAGAUCGACAGUUUCCACAGAGUAUAACUCGGCUCUCAAAAUUACAUUACCUGAACCUCAAUGGAUCACGUGAAAUUUCAGAAAUACCAAGCUCGCUUGGCAAACUUGGGAGUCUAGCACAUCUUGACUUAUCUAAUUGUACCAGUAUCAAAGUCAUACCAGAGACUCUUGGAAGCCUCAGAAACCUUCAGACACUGGACCUCAAAGGGUGUGAAAAACUAAAGUGCCUUCCAGAGAACCUUGGAAGCCUCAAAAACCUUCAAACACUCAACCUCUCUGGCUGCGAUAGACUAAAGUCCCUUCCAGAGAGCCUUGGAAGCCUUGAAAACCUUAAAAAAACUAGACCUCUCAGGGUGCUAUAGACUAGGGUCCUCUAGACGAGAUCCCCUUCCAGAGAGUCUUGGAAACCUCAAAAACCUUCAAACUCUGGACCUUUCAGCAUGUUAUUCCCUAAGGUCCCUACCAAAGAGCCUUGGAAGCCUAAAAAACCUUCAAAAACUGAACCUCGCAAGGUGUGAAAGACUAGAGUCCAUUCCAGAGAGCCUUGGAAGCCUAAAAAACCUUCAAACGCUCAACAUCUUUCAUUGCCAGAAACUGGAGUCCCUU